GGAGGAGGGGCCGGGAUGCAUCCUGGGCUUUGUAGUCCACCUGCACAACUACAGCCAGAGAGCGGGGCCUCACGACGUGGAGAACUACAAUCCCCAGCAGCCAGGCGGAAGUGGAGCGAGGGGGGCUCGCAUCACGUGGGCGUUCGGCCUGGGCGGGCUAUUUCUCAGUGCGGCUGCGGCGGCGGCGGCGGCGGCGGCGGCGGCGGCGGCUCCCGGGACCGGGGCCUUUUGUUUGGAGCGGCUGCGGGGAGGCCCCGGAGCGGCGAGGCCGGCGGCCUUCCCCAGCUUGCUCGGUCCCGGUCGCCCCUCGCGGGGGUGGGGGGCCGCCCCCUGGGCCGGGCAUCUGCUCAGGCGCCGCCGCCCCGCCCUAGGCCGGCCCCGCCCGGCCUGAGGGGAGGAACCGGCCGGGCCUCGCCGCGAGGCCCAGCCACCUCCGGAGUCGCAGUCUCUGCUCUCAGUGCUCCGGAUCGGAGGCCGUCCCUCGCCCCUCGGGCCGACGCCAUGAAGAUCAAAGAUGCCAAGAAACCCUCUUUCCCAUGGUUUGGCAUGGACAUUGGGGGAACUCUAGUAAAGCUCUCAUACUUUGAACCUAUUGAUAUCACAGCAGAGGAAGAACAAGAAGAAGUUGAGAGUUUAAAAAGUAUUCGGAAAUAUUUGACUUCUAAUGUAGCAUAUGGAUCCACCGGCAUUCGGGAUGUACACCUUGAACUGAAGGAUUUAACACUUUUUGGCCGAAGAGGGAACUUGCACUUUAUCAGGUUUCCAACCCAGGACCUGCCUACUUUUAUCCAAAUGGGAAGAGAUAAAAACUUCUCAACAUUGCAGACGGUGCUAUGUGCUACAGGAGGUGGUGCUUACAAGUUUGAAAAAGAUUUUCGCACAAUUGGAAACCUCCACCUGCACAAACUGGAUGAACUUGACUGCCUUGUAAAGGGCUUGCUGUAUAUAGACUCUGUCAGUUUCAAUGGACAAGCCGAGUGCUAUUAUUUUGCUAAUGCCUCAGAACCUGAGCGAUGCCAAAAGAUGCCUUUUAACCUGGAUGAUCCCUAUCCACUGCUUGUAGUGAACAUUGGCUCAGGAGUCAGUAUUUUAGCAGUCCAUUCCAAAGACAACUAUAAACGAGUGACUGGGACAAGCCUUGGAGGGGGUACCUUUCUGGGUUUAUGCAGUUUAUUGACUGGCUGUGAAAGUUUUGAAGAGGCUCUUGAAAUGGCAUCCAAAGGUGAUAGCACACAAGCUGACAAGCUGGUCCGUGAUAUUUAUGGAGGAGAUUACGAAAGAUUUGGUUUGCCAGGUUGGGCUGUAGCAUCUAGUUUUGGGAAUAUGAUUUAUAAGGAGAAGCGAGAAUCUGUUAGUAAAGAAGAUCUGGCAAGAGCUACUUUAGUUACUAUCACCAAUAACAUUGGUUCUGUGGCACGAAUGUGUGCUGUUAAUGAGAAAAUAAACAGAGUUGUCUUUGUUGGAAACUUUUUACGUGUCAAUACCCUCUCAAUGAAACUUCUGGCGUAUGCACUGGAUUAUUGGUCAAAAGGUCAACUAAAAGCAUUGUUUCUAGAACAUGAGGGAUACUUUGGAGCAGUUGGUGCACUUCUUGGGCUGCCAAAUUUCAGCUAAAGCAUCAGGUCUCUCUCUCUGCUAAUAAAUGUCGUCCAAGAGGAACUAAAACCAGAGGCAUUAUUACUGCAUUGUUUGUCACUGGGAACCAAAGGAUAGAAGAGUAGCAUAAGCUGCUGAAUGUUGCCAUAUUAAAGGAGAGAACUUGGUAACGUGAAGUAUUUCUCAUUGAAAUGCUUUCCCUUUUGUAUAUAGCCAGUGUUAAAUCCUUAAAUGCAAUACAGCCUCUGAUUAUUGAGCUUCCUCUUAAAAAGAUUUUUAAAUUUUAUGUAGCCAACAUUGCAGUACUGUAUGCUCAAACACAAAUCUUAAAGUCUCGGAAAUGUUUAGCUUAUGAAAAUAAUCGACUCUGAAUAUUUGUUACAAGUCUGUUUUAUGUUUUGAUUACUAGUGAGCAGAAAAUAACAUACCCUGUAUCCAAAAUUAUUGAAAUGGCAAUCAAAGAUGAUCAUUUUUAUGUGAUUUUAGAAAUGUUAAGGCAAUACUACUAAUUAUUGUAGGUUUUUUUUUUUUUUAACAUAUCACCCAAAGCAUGUAUGUGAUCUUUCCCCAUAAGUAUCUUUUCUCAAAUGCCAUAAUUAACUGAAAUACUAUUAUUAAAUUUUCAUGAGAAUUCUGAAAUGAAUCCUGGGAAAUGCACAUUUGGUCAUGUUGCACUUUCUGUAUUUUACAGGAAUUAGUCAGUACACGUUGAAAUGUUUAACAUUUUAAGAUUGGAUGCUUAAUUACUGGGAGUCGGUCUAAUGAAGUCCUGGGACUAUUGUAAUGGAAUAUGAUUUGAGUUCACUGUGCUCUUUUUUGUUUGUCUGUUUUGAUCAUAUGUACAUUAGGAGCUUUUAUUUUAAAACAACCACAGUGACAUUAAUAAUAGAAAAAUCAUAUGGAAAUAUUCACAGUCUAGUCACUGAAAAAUGGGAAAACCUCUACCAUGCCUUAUUAUCACCCUUCGCCGUUUGAGGAGCCAGAAAUAGAGGUGCGGUUAGAGAAAGGUCACCUUUUCCAACAAAACUCACUCCAUAGCCAUGUGGAUUUUUAUCCAAAGGCUCAACCACCAGAGGGAAUGGUGAGAACUGAUAACUAAAAUCCUGUUACUGGCAAGGGUUUGAAAUGUGUAAGAACCUAGGAGGGAAAGGAAGAUUGAGCAACAUAGGUAAAGGGGAAGAGAGGCUGUCACCAAGGUCCAAUCUCCAUUUAUAAAAAUAGUGCAAAACCAGGAGUUGAUUAUAGAAGCGCCCAUGAUCCAUGGCAGGAAUAAAUCCCUUCACCUCCUCUAACUCUAUGAAAACUCUAGAGUUGGAGCAAGUCUUCCAUUUGCUUCUUAUCCCCUUAAAAUAAUGCCUUCCACUCCCCCACAGCCCCCAUCAAAGGAACCCCCACAAGAGGCCACCAUGCUCUGAUCUCACUCUUUCCUAUUCCGCUUGCCUGAAUCUGGAGUGGGGUUGAGCCCUCUGCCCUCAUCCUUAAGAUUUAGGAAGUUCUUUCCCCAGCUGUCUAACUUGGAAAGGUAGAUGAGUCUGAAUUUUGAAGUUCCGAAUGCAAAUUCCACUCAGCAGACGCAGUGUUACUUAUGUACAUAGGAAUAGUGGGAUGAGUUUUAAUAGAUUCUAUCCAAAAGGGUUUUUUCCCUCUUACUUCCUCUAUGUGGGAAGAUGUGUCUUGGGCAACUUUAUCAGUAUCAAUGGAAAAAUGAUAGGCACUACAGUGAAAUGGCAGGAUGCCAAUAUGAGAUCUUUCAGGAAUAAUAAGAAAUACAGUUUGUUUGUAUAAAAUAAACUAGCUCAAAUAAGAAAGUUUUUCAAGGACACUGAUAGUGUUCAUUUGUAAGAGGUAGUUCUAGAACCACACUGUCCAGUACAGCAGCUACUACCCAUAUGUAGCUGUUGAGCAUUUGAAAUGUGGUUAGUCUGAAUUGAAAUGUGCUCUUAAGUGUAAAAUAUACACUGAUUUUUGAAGACUAGGGACAAUAAAAGGUUAAAUAUCUCCUAA